AAUGGGAGAAAUAGAUAUAAUUGGAAUUUUCAGUUAAUUCAGGUAAUAAAUCCAACAUAGAGAGUAGUGGGUUGUGUCUCUCUUUAUUUCUACAUCAAACCAAAAUUCGAAAGGAGAAGAAGAAGGAGAAGAAGGAGGUCUUUGGAUUAAUACACUAAAACCUCUACACAGUUUCAGCUUUUGGGUUAACAUCAACUUCCUCUCUCUCUUCUUUUUCUUCUUCUUCAUUUUAUGUUGCUAAUUUUUCAGGCCGAGCUCCUUAUAUUUUCCAUGUAAAGUUUCCUUCUUUUUUCAUGGGUAUUCUAUAUCAGUAUCAAAGUGUUUGUUUUAGAAAGAAAAGAAAAGAAACGAAGACUUCUUCUGUCUGGGUCUAAAUUCUAAUCUAGUUGAUCUUUUUAUUAUCCGCGUUUGACAGAUUUGAACUGGGUUCAUUGAUGGCUGCCCAAGAUUUGAUUGAAGUGAAAUUCAGGCUCUCCGAUGGCACUGAUAUUGGGCCAAGCAAGUAUAGCCCAUCUGUCUCUGUGGCAUCUCUCAAGGAAAAAAUACUUGCACAGUGGCCUAAAGAUAAAGAAAGUAGUCCAAGGACAAUAAAUGAUCUGAAGCUAAUUAAUGCAGGGAAGAUAUUGGAAAAUAACAGGACACUUGCUGAGUCCAAACUACCAGUUGAUCUUCCAGGAGGUGUCAUUACCAUGCACGUUGUCGUGCGCCCUCCUCUUUCAGAAAAGAACCCUGGUAAUUACUUCACUAAAGUACUCAUCUUUACCUUUCACUCAAUCUACAUUUCCAUUAUUUUAUCCUGACUCAACUACAGCUUAUGGUUUGAUUUAGAACAUGGGGCAUGGCUAACUUGACUUUUCAUUUCAAACAUUGGAAAUUAAAGAAUAAUUUGUUGAUGUAUGAACAUGGGAUUAUGUUAUGAAACAAUGAAACAGAAUUGGGUUAUGUGACAGUUAUAUAAUAAUAGCACUUGGUAAUUUUCCACAGACAAAGUGCAGAAUGAUUUGCCAAAGAAGAACAUGAACCGGUGUGGAUGCUCAAUAUUGUAGCCACGAGCAGCUGGGACCCGAGGUGACCAGAAUAACAUAGCUUCUUUAGUUGGUCUUUAGUAUGGCUUCAUGUGUCUCCAUUGGUUGCUGAUCACACUCUAAUCAGAAUCACAGUUCUCUAAUCACAAACACAGAGAAGUUAAGCGGAGUUGGUGCUUCUUUGACUCCUCUGGUUUCAUCUGGCAUAACACAUCUUAAUUCAGUGUUGAUGUGAAUGAGAAAAGACUGGUUGCAUAAUAUUGGAUUGAAUUUGGAAACAUAGUUACCAAAACAUUUUUUUUUCUUGGAAUGAAAAGAAUUAUAAAGGAAAAUAUAUAUAUUAUAGAAGUGAGUUCAUUGGUUUUUGUUUUGAGUUUAGUAUAAUCAGACCUGUGAUUGCUGUUUCUGUUUCUGGCUAAUGAACAAAAAAAUAGCUUUUAAUUUCCAGUGACAUGUAUAUAGUACUGUGUGAUCAUUUCUAUAUUAUGGGUUUGGACCCAAUGUGAAUUAUGAAGCAUCUGUUAUUGUUUAA